UUCUGCCUGGUCUUCCUGAUGAUCUUGCAAUUGCUUGCCUCAUUCGAGUGCCUCGUGUUGAACAUAAUAAGUUGCGUCUAGUUUGCAAGAGAUGGAACAAGCUCCUGGCUGGAAACUUCUUUUACUCUCUCAGAAAAAGUCUUGGCAUGGCUGAAGAAUGGGUAUAUGUCAUAAAGAGAGAUCGUGAUGGACGGAUAUCAUGGCAUGCUUUUGACCCAACCUACCAAAUGUGGCAGCCACUUCCACCUGUGCCAGUGGAGUAUAGUUCGGCACUUGGAUUUGGCAGUGCUGUUGUAAGUGGUUGCCACCUGUACUUGUUUGGAGGAAAAGAUCCAUUAAAGGGAUCUAUGAGGCGCGUGAUCUUUUACAGUGCUAGGACAAAUAAAUGGCGCAGAGCACCAGACAUGCUUCGUAAACGGCAUUUCUUUGGUUCUUGUGUCAUUAAUAACUGUCUCUACAUUGCUGGGGGAGAAUGUGAAGGUAUCCAGAGGACACUUCGUUCAGCUGAAGUUUAUGAUCCCAACAGAAACCGCUGGAGUUUGGUCGCUGAUAUGAGCACGGCUAUGGUUCCAUUUAUCGGGGUAGUUUAUGAUGGCAAGUGGUACCUAAAAGGACUUGGAUCACACAGAGAGGUUUUGAGUGAAGCAUAUAUCCCAGAAACCAAUACUUGGACUACGGUCGAUGAUGGGAUGGUUGCUGGGUGGCGCAACCCAAGUAUCUCUAUGAACGGGAAGCUGUAUGCUCUGGACUGUCGUGAUGGUUGUAAGCUUAGAGUAUUUAAUGAAGCCACAAAUUCUUGGAACAGAUUUAUUGAUAGCAAGCUCCACCUUGGCAAUUCUCGUGCUUUAGAGGCUGCUGCCCUUGUUCCUUUGAACGAUAAGCUCUGUAUAAUCCGUAAUAAUAUGAGCAUCAGUAUGGUUGAUGUCUCAAACCCUGACAGAAGAGUGGAGACCAAUCCUAAUGUUUGGGAAAAUAUUGCCAGUAAAGGUCAUUCGAGAUCACUCUUCACAAAUUUAUGGUCAAGUAUAGCUGGGCGAAGUGGAUUAAAGAGUCACAUCGUGCACUGUCAGGUUCUUCAAGCAUAAGAUAGGCCUCCCUGUCGUUCAGGAUUUUGUUAAGUUGCGUUUCACUCUCUCCAUUUGAAUACAUUUGUUGUUUCAGAUUAUCAAUUUUGGUUUCUGCACUUUUUAAUUCUAUACUUGCCUUUAUUGGUUUACCUUUUUAAGUCUAUAUUUUAUGUGGAGGUUGAAUGAGUGACGAUAUGCAACAUUUGGAAAAUAGAACAUUCAGGAGUCUUGAAUAUAGGGAAACAAUGAACCUUCAUCAUCAGCUUGCAGAUGAAGUUUGAUCUGGAAAUUGACGAUUAUUUCAACCUUUUUCAUUAGGUAAACAUGGAAUUCUGAAUGGAGCAUGAAACACAGAACAGAACAGAAAUAUGAGGUCAGGUUAUAUUUUUAUUCAAAAGAGGGAGCAAAUAUAUUGUACAUGUUUGUUGAUUGGCUACUUAGCUGUUUGUUUCUUAUGGGUUAUUGGUAGUUUGUAGUCUUGAAGAUCUUUUGUGAAUACAAGUGGCAUUUGAACGUUGAGAAUAUUGAACUACUGUUUUAUUUUUUC